CUUGCACUCGAAACAAAUUUUCGUCUACAAUCUCUAAUCAAGGCGCAAAACUUCAACAAACUUUCAUCGUAUUGAAAACAAUUUUUCUUUGUCAGCAAAAUAAAUUUAAAUUUUAAGUACACGUGUCCAAAUUUUUCAAAAAUUAAUUUGAAAAAUUUUACAAACUCACUGAUAAACCAACUAACAAGCGCUCACGUGCCGGUGGACAAUACAGACAGGCGGAACGGUUUUUUUUGUUGAACGAUUGCGUUUGAAUUUUCGCAACAAAUGGCUAAUCAAAAUGGGCAAUUAAUUCUGCAAACUUUGCAAAAUCUAGAAGAACCAGUAACGGUCAGCAAAAUUGUAACGCAUAUCGCUGUCACAGCUGGCGUGCAUCCCAAUGAGGUCAAGGAAUCAGUGAAAGAGACUUUAAAUGGUGGCGUCCGCUACGGCUUUAUACAACGCUCCCAGCGGAAGUACUAUGCCGCACCGGUUGACUUGGAUAUGAUCGUUGCCGAAGAAGCUGGCGAACUAGAACCGAAAGAUAAUAAGGAUAACUCCGAGGACAGUGGUGGCGAGUUGGAAGAUCGUGGUAUGCGGCGACGAAAGAGACGCGCUGCUCGUAGCCGGAGCCGCAGUCGACGCGGUUCGAGACGUCGUCGACGCCGCUAAAUUGUGGAAUUAUUAAUGAAUAAUUUGAAUUUUUAUAUUUUGAUGUGUCUUUCUUUAUGCGUACUUGCAUUUACAUACACAGUAUGUAUAUGUAUUAAAUGUACCCUUAUUGUACUUGUGCAUUUAUUUACUCAUAUUUUGUAAAAAUUGUGAAAAUUUAAUAAAAUUGGCUAUAAUUUCGAUAAAACCUAAAUACAUAUGUAUAUGUAUGGAAAAAUAAAGGCUUUCAGCUGCCAUUAGUUCUGCUCCCCACAGAUGAUAUGCAUAGAUAGUAGUUUUCGAAAGAAACUUUAAGGUAGCCAGGCGUAUGAAUAUAUAUGUAUGACCUAAGACUGCCG